GCAAAAAGCAGCUAACUUGCCUUAGCGCUGGAAACGGAUAGUGCAAAUAAGCCUGCAGGUAUCUGCAGACCAACCAUGGCCACGCCGCAAGCGUCAGAUGCAAGCGAGGCCGAGGAGGACGUCUCCCCAGGCGGCGACGGCUCCCUGCUAAAAACAAUACUAAAACAAGGCAAGGAACGAGGCCCGCAAGCAUUAACGACGCCGUCGCCGCUCUGCGAAAUUACGAUGCGCGUGCGAGAAGAAAACGCCGCAACGCAGACGACUGUGGUAUGGCCGCGGCAGCACCACGGCGCUGAGCAACCACCAGGUCUGCCUCCACAAUUACGCGUCGGCGUCGAGACGAUGCGGCUCGGCGAAGUGGCGCGAAUAACACACGUCGACUUUGACCAGACGCCAUCGGUGCGAACGACCUUUGACGUCGAGGUUGUGACUUGGGACGAGGCCCUCGUGAUGAAUAGUGUUACGAAGCGCAUCGUGAAACGACCGCCCAUCCAGGCGUGGCGCGAGCCGCGGGCGCUGGACCGGGUCGUCGUGAGGGGCUUUCUCGGAAACGUGGACUACGGGCCGCUGUCGGAAGACUGGCCGGACCCCUCAUUGACAGCACCACCGAUAAAAGGCCAAUGGCGCCUCGACGAAGAUACUGAAAAUGGCGAAGGGCGGCCCAUCAGUGCGGGGCUGGAGGAGUGCGUCAAGACGAUGCGCGUCGGCGAGGUGUGCGAGGUCGUGAUAGGCGAGGACAGAGGCACCAUUGAAUUAGCCCAACUACUCGAAGAUCCGGACCAAGCGUUGAUCUCGCAUAGGGGCGCCUGGGCCGAGCCCGGCGACGCAGAAAGACGAUCGAAGGCCGUCGACGCGCUAAGGGCAAUGGGCAACACUCACCUAAAGAAGGGCGAUUUGCAAAAAGCCAUACGGCGCUACGACCGGGCCUUGGAGGUGGCUGAUGAUGGAGGUGGGGAUGAUGGAGACAACUACCUGAUGGAGGAGUCCGAGGACGCACAACAAGCGUCGAAAGCCGCGUAUGAAGCCGGCAAAGAGGCCGUGAAGCGUCGCAGUCUCGCGGCGCGCGCGAACCGGGCCCUGGCCCACCUGAAGAAUGGAGACGCCCUGCAGGCGAAGCUCGACUGCGAGGCGGUGCUCGAAGAAGACGAGAGUCACGUGAAGUGCAAAUUCCGGCGGGCCCAGGCUCUGGUGGAAUUGGGCAGCAUUGAACAGGCUUGCGAUGUUUUUAAGGCACUGAUGGAGGUCCCCUCGUUGCAACGCGAGGCGCGCGCGGGUUUGGUGAACGCGAGGAAGAUGCUCAAGGCGCACCGCGACGCGGAAAGGGACCUGUUCCGGGGGAAGAUCAAGGCCGUGCCCGAGAAUCCGGUUGCAAAGCCGCCCCGGAAAAACGCUCUAGAGCGCACCGUCGUGGCGUCGCUUGCUGGAAGGCGCGCGGUCGGGCGGGCGGCGUCCGACGCGUAUUAGUUUUGUUAAACAGUGUGUAA